CGUUCAAGUCAAAGUCAAAGCAACAAAGUGACUAAAGGUCGAAGGGAGAUUGUGGAUUUAUGCACACAUACUCAGCAAGUAGGCUGACUGUAGACUCGUUAAAUACAAUGAGGGGAAGAACAGAGGAGAAACUGACCGCGCGCGCAUUACAUCUAAAAACAGCAUAAGGAAAACAGUCAGCAAGUACCAUCAGAGAUCUCGAGCUCUUCUAUUGUUAUUGUGACCUGUAGCUCAUUAAUCUCAGUAUCCUGUGCUGGAAGCUGCCCACGCGCAGCUGAACAGACAGACAGACAGAGAGAGAGAGAGAGAGAGAGAGAGAGAGAGUGAGAGAGUGAGAGAGUGAGAGAGUGAGAGGGGGCGCGAGCGAGCGCGCGCGAGCUUUUCCAUCCAGUGUGAUUUCAGAGAGCAGCACUGACUGAACCGAAAAGCACGCGCGCUUUUCAUUUUCCGGUCGCGCGAUUGAUUAACUCGCGCCGAUAAAUGGGACUCUGGACUAUUUCUCACCUCAUAACCGAACUUGCUGUUUGCUCAUAAAGAGAGAUUAUGUUUACUUUGGCUUUCCAGUUUCCCCUCAUCGCUGUCCUUAUAAUAGCAGGCACCAGUGGUCAGACUGUUCACACGGACAGUGACCGGUCAGGCUAUGUGGGCACUCAGGUGGAGCUGCGUUGUAAUUUUGCCAACAGUAAACCACCAGUGAAGAUCUCCCAGGUCACCUGGCAGAAAUCUGUCAAUGGAACCAAGCAGAAUGUGGCCAUCGCCAAUCCAGCUCUGGGUGUGUCUGUGCUACCAGUAUUUAAAGACCGGGUGAAGUUCAAGAACCCAGCGGUUCGCCAAAGAACACCCUCACUGGAAGACACGACUAUCGUCUUCAAUAACCUGAAACUGUCCGAUGAGGCGACGUACAUCUGCGAAUACACCACCUUUCCUGCGGGCAACAGGGAGAGCAUGGUCAAUCUCACAGUUUAUGCUCGACCGAUGGUCCAGAUGAGUCUGUCGACACCCACCAUAGUGGCAGGAUCAAAAGAUAUGAAAAUGACCGUAGCAACAUGUGUCUCAGCCAACGGGAAGCCCCCUGCUGUGAUCACAUGGGACACUGAGUUAGACGGUGAAGCAAACACUGAGGAGAUCAGGAACCCUGAUGGGACUAUAACAGUGCGCAGUGACUACAUCCUGACACCCAGUCGAGAAGCACAUGAGCAGCGACUUACCUGCAUCUCCACCUACAAUAACGAUCAGCAAACCGAAAACGUUGUUCUCAAAGUACAGUAUGAGCCGGAGGUGAGCAUUGAGGGCUUUGACGGAAACUGGUAUAUGAAUCGAGAAAAUGUUCAGCUAACUUGCCUGGCCGAUGCUAAUCCAGCCGUUUCUUCAUUUCAGUGGCGAUAUCUGAAUGGCUCCAUGCCAAAUACAGCCGAGCAACGUGAGGAGACACUAAUCUUUAAGGGUCCUGUGACCUAUGAGAUGGCGGGGACGUACAUGUGCGAUGCCACCAACAGUAUCGGUACAGGUUCGGCAUCAGUCGAGGUGAUUAUAACAGAAACCCCCCAGCCACUGAGCGCAGCCGAGAGGGUGAUGGGUGUCCUCGGAUGGGUGAUUGCUCUCGGCAUCAUUCUCAGUAUAGCAGUCAUCGUAUUCAUGGCCAACAGACAGCAGCGGAAGAAGCAAAGUGAAACCGACAGUGACUCGGCUGGCUCUUCUCCUGCCCGUAAAAAGCCUUCUUCUUUUAAAAAGAAACCAGCUGAUGACUUCCAGAACCAGAGCCAGAUAUACGACAAGCUUCCAAACUCAGCUGAUUGUGUCAAUUAUCAUCUGGCGUGCAAUAAGGACGGCUAUCCAGAACAGCACUCUCCACCCAUCCAGCCACCACUCACUUUUCUGCCCCAGCACUCAUGCACUCAGAGCAACACGUUCACGUACCCUACACCACACGGGCCUAACACUUCAUACACCUUCCCUAAAGAACAGUAUGUAUGAGUAUACACAUGCAAACCUCACACUCUUUAUCUCCUUCCUUGUACCACUGCUAUGUUAGGAAUAAAUGCAGCCUGAUGGAAAGAAGAGUUACUGUUACCAUCCAAAAGUUGAUUAUUUUCCUAUAAGUGCAUGUCCUGAACUGUUUUAUUCCUCUUACACCAUAGCAAGUUGCCAAUAAUAAUGUCAUAUGCGUUGUCUGUUUAUAGUCUCAUUUAGUCAGGGGUGAAAAGUGUACAAUACAAAUUGACUUGAGUAAAAGUACUGCUAGUGCAGUAAUGAUUCAUUAAAAGAACGUAGUGAUCUGAAAAGAAAAUCUUUUCACUGAAAGGAAAAUUACUUAAGUAAGAGUAAAUGAGUCAUGGUGAAAAACUACUUAAGUAAUUACCUAACAAACUACUUUUUUUUUUUAAUCUCAAUUGACACAACUAAUCUGAAAAUGUUCCAUGUGUGAGGAAUGAUUAAAAAAACAACAACAAAAAUUACAUGAAGUGAACACCACCUUGAUUAUCAACAUUAUAAUAAUAAAGGUAACAUUACCUGGCUAGCUAACUAGGCCAAAUACUGCUGUGGAUCCAGUAGCUUGAUAGAGUUUGUUAGCCAGCCAAUGUUAAUUCAUACAUGUUUGUAGCUACAUAAUUAGCUAUCUAUCAAAAAUGUCCCUUGCACAUUAUCCUAAGCAUUGACCAUACGUAUAUUUAACAUGACAGGCAAUCGCUACAAAACCUCAUCUUAAAUUUAAUACAAAUAUUUUAGUCUAUAAAAUAUCAAAAGAUCAGGCAAGCUGGUCUAGUUCUGUCAUCUAGCUAAUGGUUUAUCUGUACAUGUUCUCACAGGUUGGAUGUUGAGCUGUGAAAUGCCGAUAUCUCCAUACGUUUUGGCAUGCAUAAUUUGCAGGUCAUAAUCAUGCUGUUUCUUCUGAAGCAUUAAAAACUGGGACAGACACUGUCUCAGACAUUGCUGCUGCUGCUGAUGAUGCAUUUGGCACCUGAAGUGUAGACUUUUGUCAGGAGACUGCCUUAUUUUUUUUUUCUUUGGGGGGGACGCGGGAGGGGUUGGGUCUUGUCUUAAAAUUCAGUUAUUUAAAAUUUGCACAUAAAGACUUUUAAUUGGCUUACAGUCAUCUGGGGUUCCUCUAACAGUGAUCAAGCUGUAGUGUAGUGAAUUUGAAUAUUUGAUUUUUGAAAAACUCAUGUAAAAUGAUUUAAUUGUACUCAGAAAUCUACCAUUACAGUAAAACAUGUCAUGUAGUUUGUUAUUUUUCACCCCUGUAUUUAAUGUUGCAAAACAAGUUAGUUCUUCUAAAUGAUCACUUACAUUAAAACAGCUAUAAAUAGUUGUUCCCACACCGGAAUGUCUUUUCUCUCACUUGAGGUUAAUAAGACAAAGACUGCAGCUUGUUAUGUUCCUGAGAAGCUGCAAACUGCAGUGCCCUCAGUUCUGGAGACUAUCCCACGUCAGAAAACGUAAAGUUACAGCUUUACCUGUGAUUGUUACAAAGCUCUCACACUGGAGACUCCUUCCAUAAGUGUUAAAUAAAUAUUUCCUUAAACUUUACCAUAUCAACCAUUAACUGUUUAUGAGGAGUGUCAUAUGAGUCCCUGUGUAUAUUAUUAAUAUUAUAGAAAUAAUAUUGUAUUAAAACAAGCACAUUAACAUAAACCUGUCAUUUGCCUUGCUGUUAUAGAAAAUUAAUCAACACCUUCUAACCAGUCAGAUAUGAGAAUUCAACAGCACUGUGGUAUAAACGUGUCGUGCUUAUUCAUUUGUCAUAUUUUGUACAUAUUCCUAAUGUGCAUGUUUGGUAUAAUUUUACUCUGUGAGAUAUGAAGAAUAGCUCAUUUUUCAUGACAUCUAAGUUCCUUAUCUGUGUCAAGUUUCAUUUUUUAUGUUGGUAUCUUUUAGAAAUAAAGCCCACAACAUUUCAAGUCUCUGCAUAUACCAUUAAAGAAGAUCAUCUACUCCAUGCAUUAAAUUAAUCAUUUGUUUGUUUUGUUUAUGUAACAACUUUGAAUCUCUGGAAUGCUGAAUUACGCAGUUCAAUCUCUAAAGCAUAACUUUACACAUUUCUUUGCUAAAAUGUUCACAGCAAAAUUUUUAGGGGCAUAAAAGCUGAUAUAGAAUCACACAUCUCUCUCAGUUUAUUAAAGGUAUCAUUUGUGAAGAAAUGUACACAUUCUUCUAGUUGAGACAUGUUUUGUGUCUGACAUUCUUUAAUUUUUUUCUUGCAUUUUUUAAUUAUGUUGCUAACAAGUGCUGGAAGUCUAUCUCAUUCAAAAUCUUUUCCAUAACUUUACAAAAUAAUUAUAGACUUGAUUCAUAUUACAUUGUUAAGUUACAGAAUCCCAUUUUUAAAUAAAACAUUUCUGUUAAAUAACAAGAAUAGUCUGUAGGUUAAAUAUAUAAAGUUUAUACUCCCAGCUUUCUGAUACAAUUCCAUCCAUUCCAUUCAGGUUAUCCAAAUGCAGCCCCCCUAAUAUUACACUGUUCACCUAUGGUGACGUUUUGCUCAUGUUUAUAGAUUACAAUAAUUCACACUUUGUCCAAAACCAAAUCCGUGUGCUAUCACUGAAGAAUUGGAUGUGGUUUGAGGCAGAUAUUUACAGAAACGUUUUUGGGUGAGAUGAACGUCCAUUACUUGUUAUUAUGUAUAGCUAUUAUGUAAAAGUUUUGCCUUUUAUUACAUACAGUCCCCUCUGGAAGUAUUGGAAUGGCAAGGCCAAUGCUAUUGCUUUUGCUAUACACUGAAGACAUGAAGACAAUUUCUUGUUGCCCAGGUGUGACCUGUUAGAUUGACUGUUUAAACAAUUAAUAACCCUGAAUGCCUACUCUUGGUUUGAGCCCUGGGUUUCACCUGUAAAGACAACAUUUCUUGAAUAAACAAACAUGAAGACCAGAGAGCUGUCUAUGGGAGAAAAGAAAGGCAUUUUGAAGCUGAGAAAAGAGAGAACAUCAAUCACAGUCAAUUAUUACGCAUAGCCAAUACAAGAAUUUAGAAUGUCCUGAAAAAGAAAAAAAACCACUAAGAUACUUACAACCAGACAUGGAACCAGUCGACCAAGGAAAACAACAGCAGUUGAUGACUGAAACAUUGUGAGAGCUGUGAAAACCCAAAACCAGCAGUCAGUGACAUCACCAACUACCUCAACAGGGCUGGGGUGAAGGUAUCACAAUCUUACUGUUCAAAGAAGACUUCAAGGGCAGAAAUAUAGAGGCCAUACCACAAAAUGCAUACCACUUAUCAGCAGAAAGAAUCUGAAGGCCAUAUUGAAAUUUACAAAGAAAUACAGAGAUGAGCCACAAAAGUUCUGCUCAUGAUCCAAAACAUAAUAAAUCAUCAGUCAAGCACGGUGGAGGUAGUGUCAUGGCUUGGGCUUGCAUGACUGCUUCGGGAAUGGGCUCAUUAAUUGUUAUUGAUGAUGUAACUGAUAAUGGUAGCAGCAGAAUGAAUUCAGAAAUCUAUAGAAAUCCUAAUUUAUGCCAAUUUACAGAGAGAUGUAUCCAAUCUAUCUUUGAGGAAUUUCCUCAUGCAGCAAGACAAUGAUCAAAACACAACAAAGGAAAAAAGCAGAAAAAAGUGUACAGUUUUAGACUGGCUAAGUCAAUCUCCAGACCCUAACCUAACUGAUCAUGAAUUUCACCUCCUGAAGAGGAGACUGAAGGGAGAA